GUCUCCUCUGUCAUGUCCAGACGCAGCCAGCGCCUCGGGGCCACCCGCUAUUACCAGGGUGAUGAUGAUGGCAGCAGCAGUGGUGGCAGUUUGCUACUGGGUGGCCAGGAGCCCCCCUUUAGGGACAGUCCUAACAGGACCCUACGGAGGAAAUCAAGCAGCAUGAAGCGCCUCUCUCCAGCCCCCCACCUGGGACCUACCCCUGCCACCCAGACCUCCUACUACAGCGAGUCUGUGAUCAGUGAGUCCUACCUGGGCAGCAGCAGGGGACUUGCUGGUGGGGGCAGCGCUGCCUUUGAUGACCCACAGGACAGUGACUCCUACUGGGGUGGGGAGCUCUCCGCGAGGAGGAGGAGAAGAGGCACAGGAGGUACGGAGUCCAGUAAAAUCAAUGGGCUGGCAGAGAGCAAGACUUAUGACACCUAUGCCUCUUCAUCUGGCUACUCCUCUGAGGAUGACUAUGCAGGUCGCUCUUCCUUGGAUCAGAACAGCACUGGUUCUGGGUUCAGAAAUGCCAUCUCACGAGCAGGCUCUUUUCUCUGGUUGGUGGUCACUUCUCCAGGCCGGAUCUUUGGACUGUUGUACUGGUGGAUUGGAACCACGUGGUACCGCCUCACCACCGCAGCCUCUUUGCUGGACGUCUUUGUCUUAACAAGGCGCUAUUCAGCUCUGAAGAAACUCCUUCUGCUCCUCCUGCUGCUGCUGCUCCUGGCUUCCAUUGCUUAUGGUGCUUGGUAUUUCUACCCCUUUGGAUUCCCGAUGCUCUACCCUGCCAUGUUUUCUUGGGGAGCAGCAAAGCUUUCGCCCCCUGUUGCUGGGGAAGAGGAGGUGCUUAGAGCCGGGGAUUCGUCUGCGUUAUUUCGGGCAGAGCAGCAAAUCCUGUCUCGGUUUCAAAGUCUGGAGAAACGCUUCCAGACCCUAGAAGCGGAGGCAUCCAGGCUGGAGAAGCUGGAGCUCCAGAGAGGGGUGGCGGCCGGGGGAGGCCUGACACACGAGGCCACGCUGACACUCCUGGAGGGGCUGGUGAGCCGUCGAGAGGCUGCGCUGAAGGAGGACUUGGCCCUACAUGUCCAGAGCGAGCUAGAUACCAUCCAAGGCCAGCUGCAGAAGAAUUUAAACGGGCGCCUGGAGAAGAUUACUCAGGCAUCUCAGGAGGUGGAGGCCCGGAUGCUCCAGCUGAAUUCAGAAUGGCAAAGCUCGACACAAGAGGGCCUGCAGGGGAGCUUCCGGCAGGAGAUGGGCAGGCUGGAGGCGCAGCUAGCAGGCCUGAGGAAGGAGCUCGCACUCCUGGCGUCUGACCAACAGGCGGUGGUGAAGCACGUGGAGUCACUCCCGGGACAAAUCAAGGGAGUGCGGGAGGACGUAGAAGCGCAGUUCCCCCAGUGGAUCAGCCAGUUCCUGUUGCAGCCCAGGGAGGAUGGAGUGGGCAGCCUGGUUCUCCAGCGUGAGGAGCUACAGGAUCAGCUCCGGAAGCUGGAGCGCAAAAUCCUCGCCAGAGUCUCUGAGGACCAAAGGGUGUCUGCGCGGGAUGCCACGGCUAGCAUUGGGGUAGCGCUGCAGCAGGAGGGAGUCACAGGUGUGACCGAAGAGCAAGUGCACCUCAUCGUGAACCGAGCCCUGAAGCGCUACAGCGAGGAUCGCACUGGAAUGGUUGAUUAUGCCCUUGAAUCAGGGGGGGCCAGUGUUAUUAGCACCCGAUGCUCAGAAACCUACGAGACAAAGACGGCACUGCUGAGUCUGUUUGGGAUCCCCCUGUGGUACCAUUCUCAGUCUCCACGGGUUAUCCUGCAGCCGGACGUUAACCCUGGGAAUUGCUGGGCUUUCCGUGGAUCUCAGGGCUUUGCUGUUAUCCGUCUGUCCAGCCACAUUCGCCCCACUGCUGUGACUCUGGAGCAUGUCCCAAAAGCCCUCUCGCCCCUGGACACCAUCCCCAGUGCACCCAAGGACUUUGCCAUCUUUGGUCUGGACGAAGAAGGACAGCAAGAGGGCAUCGUUCUCGGACAGUUCACCUAUGACCAGGAUGGGGAUCCCAUCCAGACGUUCCGCUUGGAGGGUGAAGAUGUGGGCACGUUCCAGGUGGUGGAGCUACGGAUUCUGAGCAACUGGGGUCACCCGGAGUACACCUGCAUCUAUCGCUUCCGUGUGCAUGGGGAGCCGGUCCACUAACCCCUCCCUGGCUCUCCCCUGCCCCUAGCUGGCUACCUCAGGUUCUGUGCCGGCCGCAAGCGACAACCAUGGCAGAGAGAGGUUGUCUCCAGAGAGAAUGGCAAGCCGGUUAAGGAAAUUCUUCUUCUUUUUGCCGCUUCUCUCAAGUCCCAGGGUGGGAGAAGUGGGGGAAUGACCACCCUUGGCAAACCUAGUCCCCAUAUGCUUUUCUGUGCUGCCUCUUCCAGAGGGAAGAGUUUGUAUGUGGUGGUGGUGGUGGUGGUGGGGAGGGGGAGGGAUUUUAGUGUUCAAAAGGUGGUGUGAUGGGAAAUGAGGCUUCAAUCCAGGUCAGGCCAGACAUUUUAACUUUUUUAAAUGAGUCUUUGCAGUCCAGACCUUUCUCCACCUCCCUCUUCCCAGCCCCAUCCCUUCCAGAUGUUAAAGAAGACUAUAGCAUAGUGUCCCAAGUUUUAUGAACGAACAUAUAUUAUUAUCAGUGGGGUGAAGGAGUGAUCUAUUUAUGGCAUCGUUGGCUGGGUAGGCGCCAUCUAAAUGUCAGGGAGGGUGGGCACAUGACCAAAUAAUUUUGCACUAUCGCCUGUUUCCUUCCAUUAUUGGAUCAGUGGUUUGUUUUAGUUAGACCCAGUGGCUAGCUUGCCAUGGGUUGAGUUUGGAUCUCAUGACCCUGGAAAGCUGCUAACGUCCCUGCUAGCUAAGGGAAAUAAUGAGGACACAAAGACAUGUAUUAAAGGGUUAAUAUAUAAGCAAAAGACUGGGGUUUUAGUCCUUGGGGGAGAAGAUAAUCUAAUCUCCCUGGGGUUGUAAAACAGCCUCAACAAUGCAAACCUUCCACUCAGGUCAGUGUAUUAUAUAGUCAUCAAGAAACACCUUCCCUUCCACCGCAGCUGAGUGCUAUUGGAUUUCACCAAUACGCGAGGCUGUGGCCAGGAGAGGGUCCCGUAUUAUUCCCACACAUGUGUGUUGUUCUCACAUGUCAAUCCCCCAAUUAGUGCUAAACAUUCACAAGUCAAAAUGUCUGUGUUGAUGUCCUUUAAAACUCUUCCCCCCGACACUGUUUUUAGUAAUAAUGAAGGAUGUACUUUUCCAUGCAAUGUAUAAUUAACCUAUAGAACUUUGUACCACAAGGAAGACCACUGAGGCAAAUCACUUAGAUUAAUAAAGGGCUAGCCACUUAGAGUAGCAUUUGUAGUAGCACUAACUAGAGUGAAAUGGCCAGGGCUAUUUAAUCCUCAGGCUCUGAGGUGUGAACUGAUCAGUAGCGAAGUGCAUGAUCAGAUGCCAUGGCCCACAGUUGGAGACAGGGUACUAGGCUCGAUGGGCCAGUGGUCUGGUAGUGCCUGCCUGCUUUGCUUUUGGAAAACCCUAGUCAAAAUUAUAACAGUCUGUGGUGGGUGUAAAAAUGUAUAAUUAUACCCCCACUGGUUUAUGUACAUCUGUAUAUAAACAACUGUACAUAGGGGGGGUAGAGUCUAGGCUGUAGUUAUCCAGACACAUGGGGUUUGUUGAUGGGGACACAGGGCAGAUAUGAGAGUAUUAGUGUGAUCACGGGAAGUGGCACAAAUCCCGCAGGAUAACAGGGGAUACGAGACAAUAUUAUACAGGCUUUGGGGAUAAGGGGACGACGACCCUGACAGCUCUGAUCUGGGGAAAGACAGCAGGCCGAGCAGAGGGUGUGGUGCCAAGGCUGGCUGAAGGGUGCUGAGACACAGAGCUUGUGGGGCUCACUGUAAGUAGGGGCGGUGAGGUAAGCCAGUGAAGCUUGGUUCAGAUCAGUAAGGACCCUGCUACCAGGCCUGCAAGGGAGAGUAGUAAUGGUGGUAGCAAUGGUUCCAGGAGGGGGCUUGUGGCUGAAGCUGGGACUGGCCUUUUCCCUCAGGGGAAGGGUGGGCAGGUCUGUGUCACAGCCGUCCCCCAUUCACAGCUGCUGUCAUGGGCUGAGGCAGUGUAUGGGGACGGUUGGACAGGGCACGGCUGACAGCUACCUCUUCCCAUGGAUUUAUCUGGGAGAAGGGAGACAGCACCAAGGUGGGAAAGGCCCCUCGACCCCAGAUUUGAACCACAAAUUUGAGUGUUGUUCCCAGCUGGCAAGAGAAGGAGGGGAGAGGGACCUGUGAACAGGCUGGCUGGGGCUUUAUUCUCACCACCACACCCACUAUAUCAGCUUUGAGCCACAGGACAGAGUAGGAGUUCAUAUCAGUGGCCUUGAGAAGGUAACAUGUGGCUUCUCAGAGAAGGGUUGUCUGUCUCUCUAGGUUUUGGCCAGCACGCUCUGUUCUUAGUUCAGCUUAUGUUUUGAAUUGGUUUUUACGUAUCCAUAUUUGUCUUCUCUUUAUCUGAAAGAAAAGCCAAGGGCUCACUUUGUAUCAGCCCCAUUUGAGGCUGGCACCCCCAAGUCAAAUUGGGGCUGUGAGGUGCGGAGAAUACUGAACACUGAUUUUUGCAAGGUUGUCUCCAAAACCUGUUGAAGUCCAGUAGGGCUAGGAUGGUGUGAAAGGGAAGUGAGUGGGGGACUCCCUUCCACAGCUGGCAAUGGGCUUUUUCUGGCCCACAUGUCUUGCCUUAAAUCUGCUGGAGAAGUCAAGCAGUGCACAUCCUCUUGGUCUGCUCCUCCAUUGCCUCAUCGAGCAUGUGGCUCUGAUCCAUGUGCCCAUAGGGAUGAGGGUGGGCCAGCACCUCCUUUUGGAAUCAAUCACCACUACUCCUAAAUUGGCUGCAGGGGAUGGUGACUGGGUGACGAAUGGCUCCUACACCAGAUGCUGAUUGCCCCAGGCACCAAGUGGGUUCCUGCAUGGAAGUGCCUGGCCCCAGUCCCUAGAACUCCGAGUCCACCUGCAAGGAACUUGGACUGGCAGUUGAAGAUGGGUUGACCAGGGCUUUACAAGCCCCUAGGAGCAGUGGACCUAGCCUCUGGUGCUUCUACUGAACCAACCCUCCCCCAACAUCUAGGCAUGUUGGAACAGUGAUUAAAGGAGAAAAGGUUCAUUAACUCUUCCUAUGCUCCAGGACCAGCUGUCAAUUUGUAGGGCAGAGGGUGUUUAAAAUUGCUGCUUCAACUGCAGCCCUGCUUCUUACCAACGUGACAGGUAAUCAUGGUACUAGAUACAGAAGAUGAGUACAGCAAGAUGGUAAUAAGUGGGAAACAUCUGCUAAGGCAGAGCUUCUGUUUACUCCCCUUGAGCUGCCUCACUUAUCCCCCUCUCUCUCUUUCUGUGUGUGUGUACCAGGAAAGUGUUAUAAACUAACCUUACGCAAACCAAGCUGGGUACAGGCAGAUUAAUCUGUAUUUAAUUCUGUAGCCUAUUGCAAAUGCUGCACUGUUUUGUUUUGUUUGUUUUUUAUCUACAGACUGUAAUUUAUGCCUAUGCAAAAAAAUCCAAGACAAUAAAUUAUGUCAAAACAGUUGA